AAAGAUGGAGAAAAUUUCUCAAAUUAAGAGCAAGUUCUUCAAGUUUCUUUCGAAACAACCUAUAACUUCAGUGAGCUUUCGGAGCCCAACAGUGAGUCCUUGUCGAUCACCUACACGCAUCGUUUCAAUAAUUCCCAAGGAAGCUCGAAGAAAGCACAAAGGUGGAAGCUUUAGUGCAAAAGAACCCACCUCCCCCAAAGUCUCGUGCAUGGGUCAAGUUCAGAGCAAGAAGAAUAGGAAGGCCCAGAAACGUAAAAGGGUUCAGCAACCUCCAAAGAAAAACAAUAACUCUGUUCGAUGCCCUGAAAAGAAGAUUCUGCUUUGGAUUUCUAAGGGAAGUGAUAAGGGGAGAAAACAAAGUGGGAAAGGUUUUGUCUCAGAAGAAAAGGCACAAGACACGCUGAAAGCCCCAUCGUUGGAUACGAUGAAGAAAUUCACUAGUGGUAGAGGAUCACUGUAUGAUUUUGAUGUUACACUUGCAGAGAGGUAAUAGCAAAGAUGAUGUAAUGAUUUAUUUUUUUUUAUUUUUUUUUUGUAAAUUGUGACCGAUGUGAUAUUUGGACUUGGUUUACAAGAAAGGUGCACUAGUGGUCCCUUCAAAAAGUCUGGUACAAUAUGUUAUGAUAAUUUAUGAA